CGUGACACGGUGAGUUCAGCCAGGCACCGGCCCGUAAGCGCGCUCGUGGGGAAAGUGGGCGCGAGCGUGCCGGAGGAGUUCGCUCGCGCCGCGGCUCAGGAAGGAACUUCGACGCUCAACUGCCCAGCAAGACCGAUGAACGCCAAACUGGUCAUUUUCUUAAGCCCUAGCCCACGAAACACCUGGAAUAUCUCGUCAGCUGAUUCCAUAUCAACCCAACACACAUUACCAUGCUCCACUCCUCCUGCCAUUGACCUUUGACCUCUGACAGCAAUGGCGGACCGCCCAGUAGCUCCAGGUCAGACGUACAUAGAGGUGGAGUAUGACUAUGAUUACAAAUCCAAAGACCGUUUGAUCACCAUUAAACAGGGGGAACGUUACCUGCUUUUGAAGAAGACCAACGAAGACUGGUGGCAGGUGCGCAAGGAUGAGGCCACUAAACCCUUCUAUGUCCCAGCGCAGUAUGUGCGGGAGGUGCGACGUGCUCUCAUGCCCCCUCCCAAACCCCUCAAUGCAGCAGGACGAGGGGGGACUGGACCCAUUCGACCAUCUGGCCUGGAGAUUCAGCGGCCAGAUGACAACAAGAAGAGCCCGUGUCCCUCGCCCUCUGGCAUUGCUUUACUGCCGCCCAGGGAUGACAGAGGCAGCCCCGGCAGCCCGACAGCGCUCAUGCCCCCCACACAAAUGAACUCUUCACCUGGCUCACUUCCUCGUUCAAGAGCCGAGUCCCCAAGUCACAAAGGAGAUGAAGAGAAAGAUAAAGAGUUAGAGAAGAGCAGUAGAGGACUGGAAAAAGAUGAAAUUCAUGAAGAGUUUGCCAGAGAGGGAGGCGGCUUGGAUAAGAACCGAAAUGAUUCAGAAUCCGGGGAUGAUCUCAGCAGUGGUUCAACAGAUAACCUACAGAUUUUAGGUUCAGGGCAGGGCAGGCCUGACUCUCCUGUCUACACAAACCUACAGGACCUGAAGAUCUCUCAGUCCUCCACUCCUCCACUGCCGUCCUCCUCUCCACUCCACACCAAUGGCGACUGGGAGACUCACAAAGACCAGAAUGGCAGACACUUCUACUACAACCGCAGCACACAGGAAAAGACCUGGAAACCCCCACGGGCACGGGACAGCCUCACCAGGAAAGAGGAGAAACGAGACAUGACUGACACUGAGGUUCUGUCAUCGGAGGAAAACUGUCUGAGCAGCCAAUCAGACAGCCAGUACGGUUCGCCCCCUAGAGGCUGGUCUGAGGAAAUGGAUGAGCAUGGACACACUCUCUAUGUGUCUGACUAUACUAAUGAGAAGUGGUUGAAACACAAAGACGAGCGAGGCCGGCUGUAUUACUACAGUGCAGAUGGCUCCAGAUCUGAGUGGGAGCUUCCUAAAAUCGGUCUUAAAUCACAGUCUAACCACACCGCUCUGCUACCAGGAGAUGCGCACAAAACUCGUAGUCUUGACCGAAGAAUGCCCGAUUCCAUUCCUAUCAGGACGAGACACAGCGUAUAUUUGCACGAGUCCAAUGACAAGUUAAAACAGAAAUCCGUCAAGGACCGGCGAACUUUACCCCCGCACCGCAAAAGCACCCUCCGCUCCCCCCCUUAUAGGCCACAAGACACCAAAACUGGCUCACCUGACUCAGACUCCUCCUGUCCCUCCUCUCCUAAACCCCCUCACUCUCCAUCAGAGAAAUGUGGCACUUUAAACAUGACUAAAAUCACUGAACAUGGAAAGAAGGUCAGGAAGAACUGGACCUCCUAUUGGACAGUUUUGCAGGGUUCUUCUCUACUAUUUAAUAAGGGCCAAGGAGGCGGGACUGGUUGGUUUGGAAGAGACCAGAAGCUGGAGUUCAGUGUGGAACUCAAAGGAGGAUCAGUGGACUGGGCAACUAAAGACAAAUCCAGCAAGAAAAAUGUUCUAGAGUUGAAGACUCGACAAGGCAUGGAGCUCCUCUUGCAGUCUGAUCAUGAGAGCCUCAUGAAUGAGUGGCACAAGGCUUUGACUGAAGCCAUACACACAUAUGCUUGGGAGUCUGAUGAGGCCAUUGAGGAAGACAUGCUGGAAUCUCCUGACACUGAGAAACAUGACAAAGAAAAAGAGCAAAGAAACUCCAAGAAGAGCAGAGAUAUUAAGAAAUCAGUAAGCAUGGAUAAUGCAGAACAGAAGAAGAAGACAAAGCUGAUGAAGCUCCUCACAGGCAGACCCACUUUACAGGCCGUCAAAGACAAGGGUUACAUUAAAGAUCAGGUGUUUGGCUCCAGUUUGAGCAGUCUUUGUCAGAGAGAAAGUACCACCGUCCCUCUCUUUGUCUCGAUGUGCAUUGAGCAGGUGGAGAAGAACGGGUUAGGAGUGGAUGGUUUGUACAGAGUCAGUGGAAAUUUGGCCAUUAUACAAAAACUGAGAUUUGCUGUUAAUCAUGAUGAAAAAGUGGAUUUAGAGGACAGUAAAUGGGAGGACAUUCACGUGACCACUGGAGCCCUGAAGAUGUUUUUCCGUGAGCUGCCAGAACCUCUAUUCCCCUACGCUUUCUUCAACAACUUCAUCUCCGCUAUCAAAAUGAUGGAUUAUAGGCAGAAAGUUCAAGCAUUUAAAGAUCUGAUGAAGCAACUGCCACGACCAAACCACGACACCAUACAGGCGCUCUUCAAGCACUUGAAGAAAGUAAUCCAACAUGUCGACGAAAACAGGAUGACCACGCAGAGUGUAGCUAUCGUGUUCGGCCCAACGCUUCUACGCCCAGAGGUAGAGACGGCAAAUAUGGCCGUGCACAUGGUCUAUCAGAAUCAGAUCGUUGAGCUUAUUCUUAUGGAAUAUGAGACUAUAUUCGGCAGGUAGGUCAACCCUUUGACCAAACCCAACGGGACACAGUUACUACUGAAGACCGACAGCCCAUUGGCUGCCAGACUGAACACUGAACAUAAUGUUUGGUACAUUUACGUGAGAGGAAUAUCUGUAUUAGGAAAAAACAGCAUUCUGGGUUCAACAUCAACAGUCAAAUCCUUCCUCAUAUCUUUAUUGGACUAAAUUAUAGUCUUUUUUUUCUUGGCUGGCUGUUGUAUUAUUUUUAUAUACCAAAAUUCAUUGGACCAUGUCACUUUUGGACCAUCUUUGGAUUCAUUUGGAGCAACAAGGGCUUGAAAUAUGAAUGUUUUCUGUCUGACUGAAAACAGUGUUGCAUAUUGGAGAAAUCUGAUGCUUCAUUUUAGAUUUCCGUUCAUUACUCAGUACUACAUUUUGCAUCACGUCUUUCAAUGGUAAUACUGUAAUGGUUUGGAACAACAUCAACUGAUUGACUGAGAUGUAAGACAUGGAUUUUAUUCUAUCCUAACAAUUCAUUUUCAUGGGAAUGGAUUGUACCCUUGAGAUGACCGCUGCUGCGAAACACUGGAGUUUUUAUGUAGACUCUCAAGAUUUGGAUACACAA